GUGGAGAGCCAGGCCUCGGUGCUGCUCCUCACGAUGCUGCAGCGCUGCUCCUCCCAGUACGACCUCCACCGCCUGCUGCAGCUCCUGGCCGACGUGGACAAGCUCCUCAAGUCCAACGGUCCAGACUUCAGGAAGCUGUCGCGGCUCAGUCAGUUGCUGCAGGGCUCAGACGUCAGCUUGUCUCCCAGGCUGCUUCAGUGCAGUUCACCCUCUGUCCAGCAGGAGGAGUUCCAGGCUGCUGUGGACGCUCUGCAGGCCAGGGGGCGCUACACUCAGGCCAGGAAGGUGGCGCUGCUGGCCGACCUGCCCGUCCACCACCUGCUGCUCAGCCAGCUCCUUCAGGAAAUGAACUCCCAGAAGUCCAAGACAACGUGGAGGAGGUUGGAGACCCGGGUCAGUUUCUGGAGGAGUUGUCAGGAGCAGCUGAAGAGCGACAGCACUGAUCCAGGAUCAGCUUCCUGUUUCUUCUUGUCGCAGGCUGACAACCCAGUCUCAUCAGAAAACGUUCAAUGGCAACGUUGGUCCACUUGGAACGACGUUACCAUCUCACAAUCUGGCCUCUCAGAUUGUGAGAUGGUAACAUUUAGUCCUCCCAUUGUUUUGCAUUGGCGUGUUCUCACGUCACGUGACUCUCAAGCUCCCGUCUGCGGAGAGGAAAACAUGGCGGAGAUUCCCUGUUUUUUCAGAUAAAAAUAUAAUUUUGUAACUUAGUUUGGGCAUAAAAAUACAUUCUGACACCAUUUCUAGCGAGAAAUGUGCUCUUUGCUUCCACAGUCUUCAGCCAGUUCGUGCUUAUGAUAAAUAUUUUAAUAGUUAUCACGCAUGUUUUUAUCGUUGCUAUGACGGUUGCCAUGCCACCACGGCGCAGCUUGGUGUUUAAAUCACAGUCCCUGCGUGGUGUCCUUCAGUGAUCGUGAAUGUUAUUCAUGUUAUAUAAUAGUAAUAUUUGA